AAUCUGUCAUCAUUGUUGUAUCGUUUCGUAUCUUGUACGUAUUUCAUUUUAAUUUACAUCGGCCGCAAUUUUAGUCCAAAGUUCCAAACUCCAAACUCGCGAGAGCGAUCAAGGAAGUCGGCCGUUGAUAUAAAUUAUUAUAGUGUUGUCGUCAAGUCGAUAAAAAAUGAGUUUAGUCGCGAAUACUGGAAAGCUAGCGGGUCGUACGCUGUUUAUUACUGGUGCUUCUCGUGGUAUUGGGAAAGCGAUAGCCCUAAAAGCAGCCAAGGAUGGAGCAAAUGUUGUGGUCGCAGCUAAAACUGCCGAACCCCAUCCUAAACUGCCUGGAACCAUUUAUUCCGCUGCUGAAGAAAUUGAAGCUCUUGGCGGUAAAGCACUGCCGGUUAUUGUAGAUGUAAGAGAUGAAAAACAAGUACAGAAAGCAGUCGAUGAGGCUGUUAAAAAGUUCAAUGGAAUCGACAUAUUAGUGAACAAUGCGUCGGCCAUCUCUCUCACGGGCACCGCCCAGACGGACAUGAAGAGAUACGACCUCAUGCACAACAUCAACACUAGGGGAACUUUCCUAGUAUCCAAGCUAUGCCUGCCAUUGCUGAAGUCAAGCAACCACGCACACAUCCUCAACUUAUCUCCACCCCUCAACAUGAACCCGUAUUGGUUCUCAGUCCACGUGGCGUAUACGAUGGCGAAGUACGGCAUGUCGAUGUGUGUGCUCGGCAUGAGCGAGGAGUUCAAGCCCUACAACAUCGGCGUCAACGCGCUCUGGCCUAAGACUGCCAUCGCGACAGCUGCUAUUGAGAUGCUGACCGGCGACACUUCGACCAGCCGCAAGCCCGAGAUCGUCUCAGACGCGGCCUAUUUCAUGCUGUGCAAGGAUCCUAAAACAUACACUGGAGUAUUUGCCAUCGACGAGGACGUCGUAAAGGAAGCAGGAGUCAAAGACAUGACCCCGUAUGCCUGUGAUCCCAAGAACGCAGAUAACCUGCUAUUGGACGGUUUCCUUGACGACCCGCAAGCGCUGGCCGCCCACCACAACGUUACCCUGCAGGCCCAGUCGGUCCGGCGGUACCAUACCUCCGCCAGGCUUUGCAAGGAGGAAAAGACUGACGCGCCAGCAGCUAGCGGGCAAAUCCCGCAGCUGUUUGCUUCCAUCAGCAAGACAUUGUCGGCUGAGCUCGUGCAGAAGACGCAAGCUGUGUACCAGUUUAACGUUAAAGGCAAGGAGGAAGGCGUAUGGCACUUGGACCUCAAGAAUGGCGAAGGCGCAUGCGGACAGGGCGAGCCCAAGAACGCUCCAGAUGCCACGCUUACCAUGGACAGCAAGAACUUCACAGAGAUGUUCGCCGGUAAACUGAAGCCAGCGACCGCCUUCAUGAUGGGCAAACUCAAGAUCAGCGGAGACCUGCAGAAGGCCAUGAAGCUAGAAAAGAUGAUGAAGUCGCUGAAAGCCAAAGCAUAAUGAACUCACCAAUGCAGUAUUCAAAUGAAUAGUUUUUCGAUUCAACUAAAGCUGUGUGUGGAAAAAAAAACACAAUGUUGGUGCAAAGAUAUAAAAAUAUUAAUCUUCAACCACAGCAACGCGUGCAGAAAGCCAUCGCCGGCGAUCAUAGGCCAAUGACAGGUCGCGCGACCCAUGACAGUUCACACGGCCUGUCAUUGGCAUAAUGAUCCCAUCUGCACGCGUUGGUGUGAUUGAAGCUUUACAGAAACUCACAGCCAUUUUGUUGAACUUAAAACGAUCCAUUGAGAAAUCUUAAGAAUAGUACGAGUAUAAACCCACAGUAAGAGACAAUAACUAUUUUUCUACAAAACUUUUUCAAAAACAACUUUUACUGGAAGUUUUUUACGAAAAAUUGUUUAUGAGUACAGUAUACUGUUAUUUAUCAUGUAAUAUCGUAAUAUUUGUAGAUAUUAUUUAUGAUAAUGUUUUAGAAAAGUAAUGGAUAUGAAAUGUUAAAUGUUUUCUUGAGUAUGCAAGAAAUAUUUGUAAAUGACUGAAGUAUUCUUAUUGAAUAAAUGAAGAAAAUAUAAAAAAGCAAGCUCAAUGCAAAUGGGCAUCGCCAUCGUGUUUCAUAGGGGUGCUAUAAUGUUACCAACUAAAGAAAUAAUUGUAUAUUUGU